UGUUGUCAUAACGUUGCUAUAUUCACCAACCCACUCUCAUGUUUCCUGACAUCUCAACCUCCAUCCGUCCUCAAACUUAAAUUCACUCGAGAAUUCGUCUUUUCUUGCUCAUCAUAAUCCGCUCUCAGUCUUCUUCUCAUGGCUACCCUGCAGUCUCUAGCAUCUCUCCUUCUAGUGUCCCUAAUAAUAGCAAUUCUUUUUAUUGAUCCAACAUGUUCAACAUCCAGAAAAGUUCUGAAGCAGCAUCAGACAGUCCGGGUCUCCCUCCACCACAUCGAUUCAGGGAAGAACUUGACCAAGUUCGAGCUUGUCCAGAAAGGAGUCAAACGUGGCAACCAGAGAUUGCAGAAGUUAAAAGCAAUGGUUUUGGCAGCUUCAUCCCCUGAUUCACAACUAGAAACUCCAAUUCAUGCUGGAAAUGGUGAGUAUUUGAUGCAGUUAUCAAUAGGUACACCCCCAGAAGCCUUCCCUGCAGUUUUGGACACAGGCAGCGAUCUCGUAUGGACACAAUGCAAGCCUUGCUCACAAUGUUACAAGCAGCCCACACCCAUCUUUGAUCCCGCCAAGUCAUCUUCUUACUCUAAGGUCUCCUGUGACAGCAAACUCUGUAGUUCGCUACCUUCCUCUACUUGCAGUGAUGGUUGCCAAUAUAUUUACACAUACGGUGACUAUUCCAUGACACAAGGUGUUUUAGCCUCUGAGACUUUCACAUUUGGUGACUCUGGUAAUCAAGUUUCAGUUCACAAUAUCGGGUUUGGUUGCGGAGAAGACAAUGAAGGAGAUGGGUUCGAGCAGGCUUCAGGCCUGGUAGGGCUGGGACGUGGGCCCUUGUCUUUGGUUUCCCAGUUAAAGCAACCAAGGUUCUCGUAUUGUUUGACUUCCAUGGAUGAUGACUCCAAAACCAGUACUCUAUUUCUGGGGUCGUUGGCAAGUGUGAAUGCAACACAAAAGGCACUGACUGUACCGUUGAUGACGAACCCAUCACAGCCAUCUUUUUACUACCUUCCUCUUGAAGGCAUUACCGUGGGAGACACUCGAUUGUCCAUCGAGAAAACAACUUUUGAGAUGGGAGAUGAUGGAAGUGGAGGGGUAAUCAUAGACUCUGGCACUACCAUCACUUACAUCGAAGAGAGUGCUUUCAACGCACUCAAGAAAGAGUUUACUUCUCAGAUGAGUCUUUCGGUGGACAAAUCAGGAUCCGCUGGGCUGGACCUUUGUUUCUCCUUACCGUCCGGGGCAAACCAAGUGGAAGUUCCAAAGCUAAUAUUCCAUUUCAGAGGUGCAGAUUUGGAGCUGCCUUCUGAGAAUUACAUGAUUGCAGAUUCGGAUAUGGGAUUGGCGUGUUUGGCCAUGGGAGCUUCUAGCGGAAUGUCCAUAUUCGGUAACGUUCAGCAGCAGAACAUACUGGUGAAUCAUGAUCUCGAUAAGAAAACCAUUUCGUUUGUACCCACACAAUGUGAUCAGUUGUGAGACACAUGGGUGUCUUCAUUGCUGUACUGUUAUGGUUCCUCGAUCAUGUCUAGCAGACAUUGUCAUUUCACUGAGUUAUCAACUUUUUUAUUAUUUUCAUUGUUGGUGUUAAUAAUUGAUUGCAUGAGACAUGAUUCAUCUGUGACUUGAAAGCCAAGGAUGCUUUAUUUUUA